AUGGCCGGCAAUCCCACUUCUCCAUCCACCUCAGCGGAGCAAAAGCCGGCGCACAAGACCAAAAAGCGCCACAGGUGUCUAACAGCCCUACACGCCACCGAUUCUCGAGCCGAGAAGCAGCGCAUCGAGGAGCUCCAAGGCGGGUUACUGAAGGAGGCGUACGCUUGGAUCGUCAAUAACGUCGUGUUCCAAGAAUGGCGGCACGGAGACGACUCGCGAAUCCGAAUGCUGUGGGUCACGGGCGAUGCGGGGAAGGGGAAAACGAUGGGGCUAUGCGGGAUCAUCGAUGAGCUGCAAAAGUCGGACGAGUCGAUCAAUUUGCUCUACUUCUUCUGCCAGGCCGGAGACGAGCGCGUCAACAGCGCCACGGCUGUGCUGCGAGGCUGGCUGUAUUUGCUGAUGGAGCAGCAGCCGUCGCUCAUUUCGUACGUCUGUACGAAGUACCAGCUUGACGGGCGAGAGUGUUUCGAGGGUGCAAAUGCGUGGGUUGCGCUGUCGAAGCUCUUUACUGCCGUUUUGCAGGACGAACGGCUGAAAGAGACGUACUUGGUUAUCGAUGCGCUCGAUGAGUGCACCACGGACUUGUCGAAGCUGCUGGACUUUAUUCAUCAGACGUCGCAGCUGCUCUCACCCCUCAAGUUCAUCAUCUUAAGCCGCUAUUCGCCGGAGGUCUACGUGCGUCUCCCGCACGCCACGAGGUUGAAUGUUGACCGCUACAAAGAGUCGAUCUCGGCAGCCGUUGGCACCUUGAUCAAGCAUGAGGUGUCUGAGCUCGCGGAUCUGAACAACUACGACGAGAGUACUCGAGACUGUGUGCUAGAGUACUUGGCGUCGAAUGCGAACGCCACCUUUCUCUGGGUUGCACUGGUCUGUCGGAAUCUCAGAGAGGUUCCACAACAGAAUGUUAAGGAUGCCUUGGGUGCCUUUCCGCCCGGGCUUGACUCUCUGUACAGGCGGGCGAUUGUGCAGAUAGGUCAGUUGUGCGACACUGAUCUCUGCAAGCGGGUAAUGGCUUCGGUUGCGACUGCCUACCGACCGGUCACGAUGAGAGAAUUGGUGGCUCUUGUUGAUGACGCAACUGACGACCAGGAAUCCAUGCAGAAGUCGGUUCAGGAGAUUGUUCGCUCCUGCAGCUCGUUCCUUGUUGUGCGAGAGGGCACUGUCUACUUUGUGCACCAGUCCGCAAAAGACUUUCUUAUCAAAGAAUCAGCCAACCGGAAACCCGACAAGACAUUCAACGAGACAUGCACGGCCCUCGACGAGGAAUUCUACAAGGCAUUCGACAAGUUCUUCCCGCCAGGAUGGGAAGACGCCACGCAUUACAACAUGUUUGCCAGAUCGCUCCAAAUCAUGUCCCAAACCCUCCAUCGAGACAUGUACGACCUGAAAGAGCCGGGAUAUCUCGCCGAGCAGGUCAGACGGCCAGAUCCGGACCCGUUAGCUGCAUCGCGUUACGCAUGUUCGUACUGGAUAGACCACCUCGACGCUUCGCAGCCCCUCACUUCACCCGAACACACGGGCGCCAGCCUUCAGGACGAAGGCGCCGUGCACGACUUCCUAAAGCGGAAGUACCUCUACUGGCUGGAGGCCCUGAGCCUUAUCAACGACAUGCCCCGAGGCGUCGAAUCCAUGGAAAAGCUGAUGAAAAAAACAUUGGUCUCCCCCCCAACAAACGCAGCAGCAGUCUCCCCCCUCCACACCCUCGUCGAAGACGCCCACCACUUCAUCACCUCCCACGCCCCCGCCAUCUCCCACGCCCCCCUCCAAGCCUACGCCUCCGCCCUCGUCUUCAGCCCCGCCGCCAGCCCCAUCCGCACCCUCUACUCCCCCCACCACGCCCCUCCAUGGGUCUCCGUCCACCCCGCCGCCGUGCCCCCCAGCACCUGGUCCACGUGCGUCGCCCCGCCGCCCUCCUGGAGCGACUGCAUCAUCUCCAUCUCCAUCUCCCACUCCCCGCCCUCGACGCCGCUAAUAGCGACCGCCUCGACGUCCGGCACCAUCCAGCUCUGGCACGCUUCGAGCGGCGAGCACGUGCGCACGCUGUCGGGCUACGGCGAGCUCGGCAGCGGCGUCGAGCAAGUCGUCUGGUCGCCCGACGCGGCGCUGGUGGCGUCGGCGUCGGCGGGGUCAGACGACAACGGCUGGUCGCCCGUCAUCAAGAUCUGGGACGCGCGCAGCAGCAGCGGCGCGUGCGUGCGGACGCUGGAGCAGGCGCACAGCCGCCGCAACAGCACGGUGCGGGCGCUGGCGUUCGCGCCGGACGCGACGCAGCUGGCGUCGGGCGGGCGGGCGAUCAGGAUCUGGGAUGUAGCGAGCGGCGAGUGCGUGCGGGCGCUGCAGGGCCAUGAGAGCGGCGUCACGGCCGUGGCCUUCUCGCCCGACGGGGCGCGGCUGGCUUCGGGUUCGUGGGACCGGCUGGUCGCGGUGUGGGAUGUGGUGAGCGGCGAGCGGCUGCGGACGAUGGAGGGGCACGGGAGCAGCGUCUUGGCCGUGGCGUGGGCGGCUGACGGCGCGAGGCUGGCGUCGACGGGGUGGGAUGAACACGUCCGGGUGUGGGACGCCGGCAGCGGGGUGUGUCUGCAGGUGUUGUAUGUUGGGCAGUUCCUGCAUGAGAUCGCGUUUGAUGAUGAUGGGACGGGGGGGUCCUCGUGUGUGCGCGUUGAUAUUGGGACGAUUGCGCUUGCCCCGUCGCCAGUGGCGGACGCUGGUACGCCGCCAUCGCAGCAGCGCGCCCGGUUCCAGGGUGUUGGUAUAGCGCCCGGUGGGGAGUGGAUCACUUACGAGAACAAGCCUGUGCUUUGGCUGCCUGCUAAGUAUCGGCCGGCCCGCUCAACAGUGUCCGGGAACGACGUUGCUGUUGGCACGAGGGGUGCCGAGUUGUGGAUAUUUAGGAUUGUACCUACGCUGCUUGAUGGAAAAUGA